GACCCCGACAUGCUGCAGGUGGGGAAUGGCGGCAUGAGAGAGUCGGAGUACCGCGUGCACUUCAGCCUCUGGGCCAUCAUGAAGGCGCCUCUCUUGAUUGGCUGCGACCUCUCUCGUGUAUCAAAUGCGACACUGCGCAUUCUGGGGAAUGAUGAAGUCAUUGCUGUUAACCAAGACCGGCUGGGAGUGCAGGCAAGGAAGGUGCAAGUCUCUGAGGACAGCCUCAUAGAGGUGAGAGAGGUCAGAUGGGCCCUUGCUCGCCUAGGGUGAGGGAGGUCAGAUGGGCCCUUGCUCGCCUAGGGUGAGUGAGGUCAGAUGGGCCCUUGUUCGCCCAAGCUGACUCUGAUGAUGCUGCAUGUGCUUGCAAGCGAGCUGGUCCUUGUGGCACUUCACAGCAACUACCUCAUGGGGCAGCACUAAUU